AUGUCCUCCAACGACACUUCGACUGCGCCAUCAACAUCCACUGCAGAACGUCAACUUGCGACAGCAAUUCGACCUCGAGUUUUUCACAUUGUCUCACCAAUAACGGGUUCGAAAGCAACGAUUAUCACUACAGAUAAUACAAAUUCUCCUAAUCAUGCGCCAGUCUUGAUUCAAGCAGCUCCACGAAUUAACCGUACUUCAACCAGUCAUAUACCCUACGCUCGUAAACGUCUUUAUCCUGUGACACCAGAAGUUGAUGCAUAUUUGUCAAACUUAGCUGCUUCUCGUCAUCGGGAACGUCUCUCUAAAGGCUUACGAUAUUUCUCCAAAAAAGUCUGCAAUAAAGUUCAAGCGAAAAAGGUCACAUCGUACAACGAAGUAGCAACCGAACUAGUUGCUGAAUACACUUUCGAAGAAAAACGUAAUUUUCAAUUGCCGGAAAACGAAUUAGCUUAUGAACAAAAGAACAUUCGUCGACGAGUAUACGAUGCUAUUAAUGUUCUAUUAGCAAUGAAUAUCAUUGUUAAAGAUAAGAAAGAUAUCCGUUGGGUUGGAUUUCCCGUGAAUGCUUUAUUCGAAUGUGAACUAAUCGACAAAAAAAUAAUCGAAAUGAAGGAAACUAUUCGAAAAAAAGUUCGACUAGUUGAAGAAGCUCUACUAAAGCAAGUGGCAUUGCGGAAUUUAUUGCGUCGUAAUGAAGCUCGCCGAGUAAUAGUACCGAUGACUAAUAUGUGUUCAUUGCCAUUCUUUGCAUUUGGAACGACAAACGGUGUUUCAGUCGAGAAUUCCUUUUCGAAUGAUGGUCGAGAUACGAUUGUGACAUUUGAUCGUCGGGUGAAUAUUGUUAACGAAACCGAAUGUUUACAUAAACUUGGCCUAUCGAGAGAACUUCGCGGAGAAGCGAAAUCACAAUACGAUAUCGAAAAAGCGCGUGCUCUUCUGCCGGAAGCAUUCCACAAUUUUGCCACAGAAAUGGCAGUAGUUGGUUCAUUGAAAACACUAUUUGAAAACCAGCUCUCACCCAGUACGAAGAAUCCACCGUCCACGCCUGUUGUCUUCGUUCCGCCGUCAUACUUCAAAGUCGAUGAAGAACCUCAAGAAAUGGAGUAUGAAGAAGAAGUGUAUGAAGAUGACGAUGAUGUUCUCUCCAUGUCAAGCGAUGAUGAUGAAGCUGCUCAAACCUGA